AUGCUUAUAUCUGUUGGAGGAUAUAUAAUAAAUAUUGCAGCUUAUCAGGCAAUAUAUAUACUGAUUAUAAAUUAUGCAUUCGAUCCCAUUUUACUUUGGCAACUUGGUUUUAUCCCGGGGAUUUUAUUAAAUAUUGGCGCUGCUUCCAAUGCUAUCGUGCUUUAUUUUACGAGUUCCGAGUAUCGCAAAGCAUUUAAAAAGAGUAUGACAAAUUUGGCUAAAUUUUGUGGAUUUGAGGUCUCAGUAACUAAAGUGUCUCCAAUGUUGCCUACAGGCUUACAGAAAAAAACUACAAGUUGA